UCUGCGCGCGGGGCGCCGUGAGGGGAGCGGGGCCGUGAGGGGAGCCGGGCCGUGAGGGGAGCCGGGCCGGGCCGGGCCGGGCCGGGCCGAGCCAAGCCAAGCCAUGAAGGGACCGGGACUCGCCCGGCAGCGCUGGGGCCGAGUCUGCGACAUCAUCGCGACCCCCAGCCGCCUCUCGGCCUUCAGAGAGCCGCCGCUGCUCUCGGUGUCCCUCAGCAGCAUUCCCGCGGGCACGCUCACCCCGCUGAAGGAGCUCCUGCCGGGCCGGCGCGGCGGCGCGGCUGCGGACAGCCGGGCGGCGGGGCCGGAGCGCCGGGCUGGCCCCGAGAGCCGGCCCGCGGCCGGAGCCGAGCGGCCGCCCAAGCGCCGCGCUCCGGAGCCGCCCGGGCAGGAGUCGCCGGCCAAGAUCUUCCAGCGGAUGAAGGCGCGGGCGGAGCAGCAGCGCAGGGCCGCCAGGGACGUGAUCCUGAGCCCCGCGGCCCCGCCGCGCCGGCCCGACACGGCCCCGCCGGCAGCAGAGCCAGUUUUGCCUCAGAGUCCCAGGAUGGAGCCCCUGGAAGUGCCCCCAGCAGAGCCUCUCUUGCUGGAAACCCCCCAGAAAUUCUUCCUGCGGGUGAAGUGGCAACUGCAGCAGCAGCAAGCUAUACCACCUUCAACCAAAACCCAGCAGAAUGUUCCUCCUUCCAGGACUGUGGGGAAUCCUUCAGUGCAGCCUGCUUGUGCUGAGCAGCCAGGGAAUGAGCCUGCAGAGGCUGUGAACUCUGAUAAGGACGAUGUGGAUGUUUUCGUGGUGGAGUCUGUUGAAGUAGAUGCUGAUGAAGACAUGUCUCAAAGCACAGUGGCUCCUCCUCUGCCAGUGAACUCCACCCCUUGGGAAAACGGGGAUGGGGUAACAGGAAGGUGGGGAAAUGGAGAAGCAAAACGUACAGAGCUUCCUGAAGACAGGAGAGAGCUGCAGCCCAGCAAAAAACCAGCUGCUCCAGCAGUGGAAAAGGCACCAGACACUAAUCCUGGAAACCCCUCCCAGCGCUUCUGUAACAUCUUGCUCUCCUCUCCAGUCCAAAUUCCAAGGAAGCAGAAGUGGGCAGAAGACCCCAGGGUCCCUUUGGAUAAAGCUCCUGCCGAUCAACCUGCUGGCAAUGCACACAAAGAGAAAAACAUCUGCCUGAGCAACUGGAGGAUUCAAGUGCUGUCUGGAAACACGGCAAUCUGUGUGGAAGGGAAAAGGAAGGACAUGAGGCAGCUGCUGUGGCACAGCAGCGCCAUCACGGAGCGCGUCACUCACAACCAGGUGCAGACCUCCUCAGGAGCUGUUUACCUGCUGCAGGGCAAGAUAGACUCGGCUGCCAUGAGGAAGGAAGGCUUCCCCUACCGCUUCAUCAAGAAAUUCACGUUCGGCUUCUCCAGAAGGUGGAAGGAGUACGUGGAGGAGUUUCUUGAGGAAAGGAGGAGGAAAGAACGAGCUCAGGAGAGUGGUGGGGAGGCAAAUGAGCACAUUGACUCUGUGGAGGGAACUGAUGCAUUGGAAGCUGCAGGAGACUCGGCAAGCAAAGCAAAGAAACCUGCACUGAGGAACGCCACCUAUGAGGUAUCACCAGAGAAUCAUGAGAACAUCUUCAUAACACCAAAUCCAAGUUCCAGGAGAGGCUCGAGCGAGGUGUACACUCGCAGCGGGCGCCUUGUCAAACCCCCCCUGAGCUACUGGUGUGGACAGAGGGAGUUUGUGGAUCAGGAUAUGAAUGUCACCGUACAAAACGGAUGGGUGGAUUAUCUGAAGGGGAUGCUUAGUAGUGAAAAACCCAAAAGAAAGACCAGGUUCAUCUCCAAGAAUAAACCAAAGGAAGGCGUGAAGACAAGAGAGGAAGUGCGAAAAAGCCAAAGUACAGGGAAGAGCAGCCAGAGAGGAGCCACUUCCAGAGCAGGGCCCAGGUCUGCCGGCAGCAGGAAGCACAGGCGCGUCCUUUCGGACGACGAGGAAUACGAUCCUGGAAUCAGGGGCACGAACACCAGAUCCCUGCUCCCUGCCAGGGGGGCUGCCCUGGAGACCAAGGUGCUGCACGAGCAGAGCAGCAGGGCCCUGAGGGCAGCAAGGAGAGCAGCAGGCUCCGCAGAGCCCAGCGGGCACACGGACUACAGGAGCUGCCUCAGGUCAGCCAAGCAGCGCCGCCCGGGAAACGAGAGGGCUCUCGGCAGCCAGGAGUCCUCACAGGAGGAGGAGGAGGAGUCCAGGGAGGACACCCCGCUGCUGAUCAGGAGGAAAAAGAAAUCUAUAUUGAAACCAGAGUCUCAAAACCAGAAACCUUGCUCUGGCUCCAAAGGUUGCUGGGAUGAUGCAAACAAGUCCUGUGGCCAAAGGACAGGAAAGCCCUCCCGGAAUGUGCUGGUGAGGCUGAGUGGGCCCGAGUCCAGCGAGGAGUCUGAGCCCCCUUCUGAAGGGAAAACAUCCUCGGAGUCCAGUGCUUCCCCUGGGCCUGCUCAGGCCAGGAGCACGCGGGGCAGACCCAACCCUGCCAGGUGCAGGGUGAUCUCUGACACCGAGCCCGAAAGUGGGAAGGAGGAAAUUCACAGCGAGGACAGCAACGCCAGAGUAGCCCAGAGCAAAACAAGCCAUGGAGUCUGCAACAGUGCCAGGCCUUCAGCAGUGAAACCCAGAGAGGCAAAGGGGCAGAAACCUCUGGAGCUUUUUACAAGGGCAGAUGAUGGCUGGUCUGAGAAGGAAUUACAGAAGCUUUACAAGGCCAUCGCGGCGCUCCCGAAGCACAGGAGCAGCUUCUGGCAGGAGGUGGCCAUGGCCGUGGGGUCCCGCUCGGUCCAGGAGUGCCAGGACAAGUACCUGGAGGAGCAGGAGGAAAAAUGCUCCAAGCAGCAGCCCAGGAAAAAAACCACGGCGGAAAAAUCUGAGAAGAAAGAUGAGAAGGAGCCAGAGAUCACUGCCAAGAUGGGCACCCUCAAAUGGAAGCAGCAGAUGAGGGAGUUCCUGGAGCACCUGCCCAAGGACAACUACGACGACGUCUUCACCGCCACGCCCUUCCAGAAGAGGAUGGUCCAGCUGCCAGCACUGCGAAAGAGCCAGGACGGGGACAGCGAGGAUUUCGCCCUCUCAGAGUUCCCACUCACCCCUUCCCCAGGCCUCUUUCCCCCUGUGAAAACUCCACAGUGUGCACACAUCAGCCCGGGAAUGCUGGUCCCCUUCAACAGGAACGACUGCGACCGGCACGUGUUCCGCAUGCAGAAGAAAAUGCCGGGCAACAGAGGCACCUGGAACAUAGUCAAGAAGAAGCAGGCUGGAGCUGUGCUUGAGACACCGGCUUCCUGCAGAACCAAGAGAGUGACCCCGGCCCCACUGGUGGGGAAGCUCUUCACAGCUGAGGCUCCAGACUCGUGCAGUGAGGAGGAGAAGGAGGAUUCCUACUUUUCCAUGUGAUGGCCCUUGUGGAUAUCUUGCUCAGCAUCUCCUACUUUUCCAUCUGAUGGACUUUUUGGAUAUCUUGCUCAGCACCUCCUGCUUUUCCAUCUGAUGGACUUUUAUGGAUGUGCUGUUCAGCAGUCACUGUUCAGAGCACAGGCAUUCUGCUGCCCCUCUGGGAGGGAAUGCUGGAAUGAUUUCAGUUUGGAAAAGCUGUCCUGCUGUGUUAACUCCAUUCCCACCCUGCUGGCAAUGCUUGGCUUUUCCAUGUGUACAAAGUGGCAUUUCCUUGUCCAGGCUCCUCCCCUCCGUGUCCUGUUUCUCCUGGGAAGGAGAAAUGUACAUAGAUACCAAUGGCUGCCAAGUUCUGAUUCACUUCAAGCUAAAAUAUCUUGUGGGAUAGGGCUGAAUAAUAAAUUUAGCAGCAGUCCAGAAGGAGCUGAAACUGCUUUUAAAUUUACUCUAGGGACAGCUUGAAUUUUUACUUUUCCUUAAUGUAAUAAACAAGGAGAAGCUUUUUUACUCACA